GAACCACACGGCAGUGAGCUCCAAAGUCAUCGCCGUCACAGUGAGACCAGAGCCCAGGAUAACAGAGUCACACCUGGAGAUCGAGCUGGCUCACCUGGCCAACGGAACCCUGAGUCCUUACUGUGCACUGUGGGAUAACAGCGUCAUGAACGAUUCUUGGGGAACCUGGUCGAGUAAAGGAUGUAAAACUGUACUAACCGAUGCAUCCCAUACAAAAUGCUUAUGUGAUCGUGUAUCUACCUUCGCCAUUUUGGCACAGCAACCAAGAGAAAUAACCAUGGAGUACUCAGCGGUGCCCUCUGUGACUUUGAUCAUUGGCUGUGGUCUAUCCUGUCUCGCCUUGAUCCUGUUGCUAGUGGUCUAUGCUAUUCUAUGGAGUACUUCCCGUUAUUCCAGAUAUAUCCGGUCUGAGCGGUCCAUCAUCCUAAUCAACUUCUGCCUGUCAAUCAUCUCCUCCAACCUCCUCAUCCUGGUUGGACAGACACAGACACACAAUGCGUGGACAGACUACAUCUGA